CUGCAACACAAAAACUUUUUCCUCUCACAUUUUCUGAUUAUGGACAAAAUCCAUUCCCUCAGGCAAGUAGCUGCUAUCAAACACUCCCUCUUCGAUCAGGGAUAUUUGGAUGAGCAAUUUAUCCAACUGGAAGAAUUGCAGGAUGAUGCUAAUCCUAACUUUGUUGAGGAAAUUGUUACUCUUUACUAUCGUGAUUCCUCUAGGCUUAUCACAAACUUGGAUCAAACACUGGAAAGGAACCCUCUGGAUUUCAACAAACUGGACACAAUUAUGCACCAGUUUAAAGGAAGCAGUUCAAGCAUUGGAGCAAAAAAGGUGAAAGCAGAAUGCACUCUGUUUAGGGAAUAUUGCAGGGCAAGAAAUGGAGAAGGAUGCAGGAGGAGCUUCCAACAAAUGAAGAAAGAAUAUGCAACACUGAGAAAAAAGCUUGAAACAUAUUUUCAGAUGGCAAGGCAAGCUGGGCCCAAAGAGACAGCAUUUCGGCCCAAGUAAAGAUUAUGCAAUUAGAAAGAUGUGGUUUUCGUGAAGGAAAAUGUAAUUGGUGAAUUUUGUAAUUAAGAAAAAUGCAUAUUCACCACUUUAGGAAAGGCAAUAUCACCCGUUUUGGGGUACUAUGCAUAUGUUUGGAAUCUUUUCCUAAAGUUCUAUAGUUAGUUUCACUAAUACAGAACACUGUUUUACUUCUAAAACUGUAAGCAGUGGCGUUGCAAUUUUCUCUCACUCUCUUGUAUUGGAGGGUCUAAAUUUGUGACAUUUGAGAAAAUUGAAAAAGAGAAGGGCAACAAAAACAGACCAAUGGAAGAGAGAAAACACUACCAAAAACAUAAACAUGCAUAGUGCA